AUGUCACAGUUUGAAUCAAAAGUGUUUCUGAAGCAGAGGGAUGCAGUGCAGUUGCUCCGAGGGGCCCGGCGGCCCAGGGUGAACUUCUUCCUUGAGGAGAUGAUGCCCGGCAACCUGGAGCGGGAGUGCUAUGAGCAGACCUGCUCCCAGGAGGAGGCUGCCGAGAUCUUCCAGACCAAGGAGAAGACGGUCAUGAUCUGGAGGGAGGAUGGGUAUGGCUUCUGUGGGGGAAACUCUGGACACUGCAUGCAAGAAACCCCUGACCAUGGGACUAUGAGAAGCGGCGUCCCGACCCAGAUGAGCAGAAAAUCAAAGUGGCGAAGGUCGUCGUCCACCCUCACUUCCACGACUACACCUUCGAUAGCGAUGCCCGCCUGCCUUCCCAAUGGUCAGUUGGCCCGCCACCUCCAGCGGGAGGAUGUGAGGGGCAUGGUCACAGGCUGGGGCACCACACAGUACCUGUGGUGUUACUCACGCUUCCUGAUGAAAGUCGCUCUGCCCAUGGUUGACCAGCAGAAGUGCAUCCGCUCCACGGAGCAGGUCAUCACAGACAUGUUCUGUGCGGGCUACCUGGAGGCCAGCUUGGAUGCCUGCAGUGGGGACAGUGGGGGUCCCUUUGUGGUCAACUACCGCGGGACCUGGUUCCUCACAGGGGUGGUGAGCUGGGGGGAGAAGUGUGCCGCCAAGGGGAAGUAUGGCAUCUACACCCGGCUAGUGAACUACCUGCACUGGAUACUAUAAAGGCAGGUGCAUAACAGUACAGAUACCUGAAGUGCAGCUCGGAGAUGAUCCCAAUUCAUUCCCUACCCCUUGGCCCUUCGAUGAUUGCAGCUCUGAUAAUCUGAAGGGUCUGGAUAGGUGCAAGCAGUUUAGUGGUGGCGCUUUUACCAUAUUGCUUACACAUAUGCAAAGAUCAAAGGGUUGGGGACAAGGGUAAAGAACAAAUUGGGAGUCCUGAUGAAUUCCAAGUCAAAUCCUAGCCCCCAACCAAUUUAUGUAGAUUGGAUCUGACCGGUAUUAGCAAUACAUGAAUAGCUUGUAAUUGCCCUCUGAGGAAGGAAUUUUAGGAGGAAUUUUCACCAUAUAGCGUACAUCCAAUCCUUUCAGAUCUACAGAAAUGCCUGAGUGCAUUAUGAAAUAUGAGUUGCACCUGGGGUGAGUUCAGGAGGAUACAAUGUAACAGAGUGUUCAGAUAAAUGCAUUUUGAAGACUGGAUUUUCUGUCACGAUUAUGUAUAAUUGGGAAUCAUGUCAGCUCUAUUCAUUGCAUUUCUAUCUGCAUUGUUGACUGUUUUACAUCACUGAACAUGACCCUGGUGCUUCGGUCAUGAUGAGAGGUUCAAACAGUUACCUUAUUUCAUUUUAUUGUCAAUAACAUAUUACAAGUUACCAAAGAAUUGACCACAUACAAACUGUGCACAUUAUUAAUCAGGUAAGAUUUGGUUCUAAGAGCACUUUAUCAGUUUCACUGCCCCAGUGUUUCAUGAAAUUGUAAUGAAACUGAAACUUUACGUGAAAGUACAUAAGUUGCCACUAGCAAUAAGUAGUUUGAAUUAUAUGUGCAUUAAAGUGAUAGUUCACUCAAAUCAAUGGAUCAUGUUUU